CUUGUACGAACUUUAAUAUCCUAAAGCGGUCGCCGUUCUCUGUCAUCGCCUCGGCUGGGUACGGGUUGGGAAAUACGAACGAAAGCACCGCCAGCUAACGCCACCGCGCUGCCCAGCCGUCGCCGUCGUUCUCCCGAUAUCUACCCUCGUCACCAUCCCCACCUUCUCUUCUCUCUUUUCCCCCUUUCAGAUAGAUCAGAUACAUGCUCAUAUGAAUACCUUCUGCUGCACCGCCCCCGACCCAGUGUCACCCGCCGCCCCCGCUACUCUGCUCUCUGCGCCGCCUCCCAUCCCUCCCAUGAUCCCUCCCCAUCCGCCUCUACCUCCUUCAUCCGCCUCUGCGCCGGGCAGCAGCGGUGACUCUUCUCCUCUCCACCGCGCCAACCAGAACGGCGGCACCACCCGAUGGCCCUCUGCUUCUGCCAGCGACCACGGUGUCUCCCACCGUUCCGCUCCCUCUGAGCCCUCCGCUCCCGCCUCCCUGCGCCCGUCCUUCUAUGACGCCCUCGACCACCACGGGGUAAGCCUCAACAACAUCGUCGGAAAUGGGAUCUCGGGACUGCUUCACAAGUGGGUCAACUACGGAAAGGGAUGGAGGCCCCGGUGGUUCGUGCUCCAGGACGGCGUUCUCUCUUACUAUAAGGUCCAUGGUCCCCACCGCAUCGAGGUAAGCCAGGAGCUCGACAAAGGGGCGAAGGUCAUCGGAGAGGACUCUCGUCGUAUGUCCCGGCGCAGGAGCCGUCACUACUUUCCCCCUCGCAAGCCUGUCGGCGAAGUUCACCUUAAGGUUUCUUCUAUCCGUCAGAGCAGAUCGGACGAUAAGAGGUUCUCCAUCUUCACGGGAACGAAGAGACUCCACUUGAGGGCAGAGACGCGGGAUGAUCGAUUGGCAUGGAUGGAGGCGCUGCGAGCGAUGAAGGACAUGUACCCGAGGAUUUCAACCAGCGAGCUCAUGACGCCGGUAGAUAACGUUGUGGCGUCUACUGAGAAGUUACGAAAUAGGCUAGAGGAAGAAAACGUGAGCAACACGGUGAUACAGGACUGCGAGCAGAUCAUGAAAGGCGAGUUUGUUGCGCUGCAGAACCAGCUUGUUCUUCUUAAUCAGAAGCAGGCCGUCUUGGUUGACACCCUCCGUCAAUUAGAGUCAGAAAAGGUUGAUUUGGAGAAUACCCUUGUCGACGAGAGCCAAAGAGGGAUUGCUUCUAGAUCAAGACAAGAGAAAUAUAGUGAAGGGAGUGCAAGUGAAUCUGAUUAUGACAAUGAACGUCCUGAUGCUGUUGAAGAAGAAACAGAUGAAGAAGAUAAUGCCUUUUUUGAUACACGAGAUUUUCUAUCAUCAAUCUCUUUUAAGAGCACAGAAUCUGAUUUCUAUAGAUCUGAAAUUGAUUCUGAUGAUGAGGAUGAUUAUGGUGUCUGUUUUGGAGAUGCUAGUGAUUCUUCUAUGAAAUCUGUGGGAUUUAGCUAUCCCUAUGUGAGGAGACGUAAAAAAUUACCUGAUCCUGUUGAAAAGGAAAAGGGAGUGAGCCUCUGGUCAAUGAUCAAAGACAAUAUUGGAAAGGAUCUUACUAAAGUUUGCCUUCCAGUGUAUUUUAACGAACCAAUUUCAUCACUGCAGAAAUGUUUUGAGGAUCUGGAAUACUCGUACCUUAUUGAUCGAGCAUAUGAGUGGGGGAAAAAGGGCAAUGGUCUUAUGAGGAUGCUUAAUGUUGCUGCAUUUGCUGUUUCUGGAUACGCUUCAACUGAUGGCAGAAUAUGCAAGCCAUUUAAUCCACUUCUUGGUGAAACCUAUGAGGCUGACUAUCCAGAUAAAGGCCUUAGAUUCAUUUCAGAAAAGGUCAGUCAUCACCCUAUGAUUGUUGCAUGCCAUUGUGAGGGUAAGGGAUGGAAGUUUUGGGGAGAUAGUAAUUUGAAAAGCAAAUUUUGGGGUCGCUCAAUUCAGCUUGAUCCUGUUGGUGUACUCACCCUUGAAUUUGAUGAUGGCGAAGUUUUUCAGUGGAGCAAGGUAACAACUUCCAUUUACAAUCUUAUAUUGGGGAAACUCUAUUGUGAUCAUUAUGGUACUAUGCGCAUACAAGGAAAUUGUGAAUAUUCAUGCAAGCUAAAAUUCAAGGAGCAAUCAAUAAUUGAUCGGAACCCGCAUCAGGUGCAAGGCAUAGUUCAGGAUCGCAGUGGCAAAACUGCAGCAACACUUAUUGGAAAAUGGGAUGAAAGCAUGCAUUAUAUGGAUGGAGAUAUCUCUGGAAAAGGCAAAGGAUCUGAAUCAUUGUCUGAAGCCCAAUUAUUGUGGAAACGUAGCAAACCCCCUAAAUUCCUCACUAGAUACAAUCUCACACGUUUUGCAAUAACAGUAAAUGAGCUGACCCUGGGAUUAAAGGAAAAAUUGCCACCGACAGAUUCAAGGUUGAGGCCUGAUCAGAGGUGCUUGGAGAAUGGGGAGUAUGAGAUGGCAAAUGCUGAGAAGUUGAGACUGGAACAGAGACAACGCCAGGCGAGAAAGAUGCAGGAAAGUGGUUGGAAACCGCAGUGGUUUGUGAAAGAUAAAGGGAGCGAGACAUACCGGUACAUAGGAGGAUACUGGGAGGCCAGAGAAGACAGCAAGUGGGAUGGAUGCCUUGAUAUCUUUGGCCAAGUCCCCAGCGAUCCAAUGACUGAUUAACUUGCAGUUUAGACAGAAACCAAGGUUCUUCUCUUGCAGCUUUUACGGACUAUUUUCUUUUCUGUUUCUUAUCUGCUUUGGUUUCUUGUUGACUGCUCACAAUUUUUGAGCAGCCAAAAUGAAUUUUAGGGUGUAAAGAGAAGAAUAAACAAGUAUAGUGCCAACUUUUAUAAGAAUAAACACAAAAAGUCGCAAUCUUCCAAUU